AGGUAUAAAUAAUUAUAUUUAUUAUGGCUCGAUAUUCAUCCGAUUCUGAUUCAGACGGCAGGAAACGAACGAGUAAAAAAUCAAAAAAGAAAUCAAAAUCCAGAAAACGAAGCCGAAGCACAAGUUACGAAUCUAGACGAUCACGUGACUCUAGAAGAAAAUCUCGGUCCCGAUCAAGGGAACGAAGUUACAGUUCAGAUAGAAGCGGGAGAUCAAGGUCACGUGAUGAGCGUAAACGAAGACACAGAUCACGAAGUGACGAUUCUUACAGAUCAAGAAGGUCACGUAGAAGAUCGCGUUCUAGAACAAGAUCACCUCGUCGCAGACGGAGCAAGAGCCGAACAAACUCGCGGGAAAAGUCGGAGUAUUCAAGAAGGAGAAGCUUGUCACGCGAAAGAUCCAAAAAGAAGAAAAAAUCGAAGAAAAAUAGUCCAGAACGUUCACCUCCACAAAAGAAAAAAGACCCAUGCGAAGAUAUUCCUGGUUUUGCUGAAAUGACACCUGCUCAACAAAGCCGCCUUCGCGUUCAAGCGGCAUUCAAUGCAGCUGAGGCCCAAUCAUCCGCAUUUGAACCUGAAAAGGGAUCACCUGCAGUCGUUGAGAGUGCCAUUGAUCAGAUGGAACGCGCUCAAGUUAUUGAAGAUAUCGAGGAUUCCGACUUCAUGCCAACGCACUUUUCAUCAUCACGCGCGAAUAAAAGUAAAGAAAUUUCUAAGAUGCCUUCUUGGCCAUCGAAUCUGGCUGAACAAGAGGACUACCAUGAAAUGGCAAUAUUCGGAAAUAGUGCAAUUCUUUCCCUUGACGAGAAAGCGAAGAAGGAAAUAAGUGAAGUCAAUAAACCGUUGGUUAAAAAAACAAUCAAAUGGGAAGACCGAGACCCGAAGACUUUGGCUCAUCCAAAUUUGCACAUAACACACGAAGAAGCAGAGAAUAGAUGGCUCGAAAAGUUGAAUCAAAUGAGAAGAGAAAAGUUAAAAUUUAGGGGAACUUGAUCAUAAUAAGUUUAAUCAAUACUUUUGGAACAGUACCAGAACUGAAUAAAAAAUUGGUACUCCCGAAGUAUGUAAACCAAGAUGGCAGACAGCGGAACGUAGUAUGUGUACCAGGUUAGGGUUAGGCAAUAAUUUCAGGUAAAAAACUAACGGAGUCACAUGGCUAG